AUGUUCAGUCUACCUUCAUUAACACAAAAGCUUGGAAUAAGUAAAGCAAGUUUCUUAACACCAAUUAGACAACUUGGUGCUUUAGGUUAUUUAAAACCUCACGAAGGUUCGACAUUCAAUUAUAAAAGGUUGGGUCGUGGUCAAUCAUCAGGUAAGGGGAAAACUGCCGGACGUGGGCAAAAGGGUCAAAAGGCUAGAAGUAAAGUUCCAUGGUGGUUUGAAGGGGGUCAAACACCAUAUUACAAGCGUUUCCCAAUUACUGGUUUUAGAAAACCAUAUCAAACAGUAUUAGAAGAAGUUAAUUUACUGAAAAUUCAAGAUUUCUGGGACAAUGGUAGAAUUCCAUUACAAAAAGGUGAAACUUUGAAUAUAAAAGUAAUGAAAGAAUGUGGACUUGUGACUGGGAGUUUAAAAGACGGUGUCAAGAUUUUGGGUAAAGGAGUUAAGAAUUAUAAUGUUCCAUUAAAUAUUGAAGCUUCUAGAGCUAGUGAUAUUGCCAUUGAAGCAAUUGAAAAAUCCGGCAAUUCUUUUACAGCAAGAUAUUUUACAAGAUUAGGAUUAAGAGCUCAUGUGAACCCAGAACAAUUUCUUUUAAAGAGAGGUUAUGUUCCAUUACAAGCAAGACCAACACAUAAGAGAGAUAUUGAAUUUUAUUCUAAUCCCGACAAAAGAGGAUAUUUACAAAAAGACAGAUCAAUAUUGUUGGAUCCUUUGGAAAAAGCUCGUGAAGAACUUACCAAUAAAAAGCCAACCAAGAAGUUAUCUAAAUUCAAAUCAUUGGAAGAACAAUUAGAAGAAGCUUCUACAUUUAGUUACAAACCAUCGAAAACAGUCAGUGUUAUGGAUGUCUAG